AUGAUCUUCAAGCUCGGCGCCCACAUCCCACCUCCAAUUACAGAACCAUACGACAAGAUAAACACCAGUCACCACAUACGUGACCUUUUCUGGGUCUGUUACUGCAUGGACAAAGAUCUAUGCCACAGAAUUGCUCAGCCACCUGCCAUAAACGAUGAUCAUUGCGAUCUACUCCUCCCCCCAAACUAUGCCGAAAUGCAAAAUUCCAACAUCCUCAGCCUUAGCCAAAUUUCCCCAUAUAAUCCCGCAACUGUACCGCUCUACCCAUGGGAUAUCCGGUUGUCCAUCAUAAAAUCUCGAAUUCACGAUGAUCUUUAUUCAAUGAGCGCGCUGAGACAGUCUGAAGCCGAGAUCUUGAGACGAAUCCGAUAUUUAGAUGAAGAAUUGGAGGUUUGGCGUCUUACUUUACCUCUGGAUCAUCGGCCGACACUUUCUUUCUUGGACAAGACACCAGUGGACGCGCACACGAAUACGCAGGCGAUAAUGCUUCGUCUAUCAUAUCAUCACUGUGUCAUUUCAAUCCAUAAAGCUCGAUGCAGGAUGUUCAACCCCGCUGCUGGUCUGGUCGGAGAUGGCCAUGAGGCGAACUUGCAAUUGUUGGUAGACGCUUCCAAGUCGAUCUUGACAUAUCUGGAGAAGGCUUUGCCAGUUGUAGCUCAUGAAUGCUUUUGGUACGUCUGUCUUUAA